CCAAAUUGUUAGACACGAACAAACGGUAAAAAAACAAAACAAAUAAUUACUCCACAGCAAAAAAGAAUCAAAACCUCCCUCGAAAUUACUUUUUACUCGAUUAGAACCGAGCGAAACAUCCCCACGCGCGGAACAGAAGCCAAAGCUCGCACGCGCCGGUGAGCCGGAGUCAACACCAAAAUAGGCGAGAAAAUGUCGUGGCAGACUUACGUCGACGAGCACUUGAUGUGCGAGAUCGAAGGCCAGCAGGGCCAGCACCUCGCCUCCGCCGCCAUCGUCGGCCACGACGGCAGCGUCUGGGCCCAGAGCUCCGCCUUCCCCCAGUUCAAGGGUUCGGAGGUGAGCGACAUCAUGAAGGAUUUCGACGAGCCCGGGCACCUGGCUCCGACGGGGCUCCACAUCGCCGGGACAAAGUACAUGGUCAUCCAGGGCGAGCCCGGGGCCGUGAUCCGCGGCAAGAAGGGCGCCGGCGGGAUCACCAUCAAGAAGACCGGCCAGGCUCUGGUCGUCGGAAUCUACGAGGAGCCGGUGACACCGGGGCAGUGCAACAUGGUCGUCGAGAGGCUCGGCGAUUACCUCGUCGAUCAGGGUCUCUAGAGACACAACACACACAGAGAGAUUCGAUCCCUCAAAAUUCAGCUAUCCAUUACCGGAAUUUGGCACUAUGAAUUCAAUUUUGCUUUAUUAGUCUCCUCAUAAUAUGUAUUUUCCGUCGUGUUUUCUUCAGAGGAGUAAAACAGAGUGCUACUCUGUUUUCUCCCUCUUGCUUUUUUUGUUUUUUGUUCUUGGUUACAAGGUUUGCAUUUCUGGCCGUUGUAUGGGAUGAUCGACGGUGCAGGCUAUGAAAGUUUUGGGAUAUUUCGUUCCUUGUUUCUUUUUUAAUCUAUGUUGGUUCUUGUUGAUUUGAUCAGGUGUGCGCCUCGGUUUUCUUUUGUCGAUUGGUAUGAACCAAAGCUUUGGAAUUUCUCACUUUAUUGAAUUUUGUCUCCUUUUUGGUGAUUGGUUCUGGAAAUAGUGAAUAAUAUGUCAUGCAACCG